AAUCUGAUCUACUUCAAAAAUCUGAUCUACUUCAAAAAUCUAAUUUACUUCAAGAAUCUGAUCUACUACAAGAAUCUGAUCUAUUUCAAAAAUCUGAUCUACUUCAAGAAUCUAAUUUACUUCAAAAACUUAAUUUAUUUCAAAAAUCUAAUUCUUUUCAAAACUUAAUUCUUUUCAAAAUCAA